CGACAGACCGCCGCGCCUCAAGACCUCGUCGCCGCUGUGAGUGUCCACUCCUUGUGCUCUGUGUCGUGUCUGCCUGGUCCAAGUCGCUUUUGGAGCUCUCGUUGAGCGUUGCAUGGCGUUUGGAAGCUCCAAGGGGGCAACGACACCAGGGUCUAGCAGUAUGGUAUAUUUGCGAAAUGCUGAUCGAUUCUCUCCUUUGGUUUACAGAUGAAGCUCGAAAUCGACUCUUUCUCCGGCUUCCGUAUCUACCCUUCCAAGGGCAAGCUUUUCGUUCGUGG